AAAAAUUAGGGAUGGGCAACUGGAGGGCUUGGUUAGUCUAUAUGUGCACAAGAUAUAUGAAAUUUAGUACAAGAAAUGAUUUGUGUACAAUUCCACUUGGGAAACAUUGUUUUGGCAGAUUAGUACUACUGUGCAUAUUUCACGUGUACUUCAAUGCCACGAGUUGGUAUUAAUUUUUUGUUAAGCAUCUUAGGAAUGACAGCUCCCUGUCAACAAUUCUAGCUCUAUGACCCUGGACCUCCCGCUGCGGCCCUUGCAGACAUGCUGAGAAGCGCCCUGCUGUGCGCGGCGCUGGGGCUCCUGCGCGCCCAGCCUCUCCCCUGCCCCCCCGCCUGCAAGUGUGUGUUCCGGGAUGCCGCGCAGUGCACCGGGAGCAGCGUAGCGCGCAUCGCCGAGCUCGGCCUGCCCGUCAACCUCACGCACAUCCUGCUCUUCCAAAUGGGCCGCGGCACCUUACAGAAUCACAGCUUCAGUGGCAUGACCGUCCUGCAGCGCCUGAUGCUGUCGGACAGCCACAUUUCCGCCAUUGCCCCCGGCACCUUCGACGACCUGAUAAAACUUAAAACCCUGAGGCUGUCGCGCAACAAGAUCACUCAUCUUCCAGGUGCGCUGUUGGAUAAGACGGUGCUCCUGGAACAGUUGUUUCUGGACCGCAACGAACUAAAGGACAUUGACCAAAACAUGUUUCAGAAACUGGUUAACCUGCAGGAGCUCUUUUUGAACCAAAAUCAACUCGCUUUCCUUCCCUCUCGCCUCUUCACAAACCUGGGGAACCUGAAAGUGUUGGAUUUAUCGAGAAAUAAUUUGACCCACCUGCCCCGGGGAUUGUUUGGCGCACAGGCUAAGCUGGAGAAACUCGUGCUGCACUCGAACCAGCUCGUCUCUCUGGAUUCGGGGCUGUUGAGUAGCCUGCGUGCCCUGGUGGAGCUGCAGCUGGACAGAAACCGCAUCCGCUCCAUCGCACCGGGGGCCUUCGACCGGCUCCGGAGCCUGAGCUCCUUGACGCUUUCCAGAAACCACCUGGAGUUCCUGCCCCCGGCCCUCUUCCUUUAUUCGCACAAUUUGACUUUCCUGACCCUGUUCGAGAACCCGCUGGAGGAGCUCCCGGAGGUGCUCUUCGGGGAGCUGGCCGGCCUGCAGGAGCUGUGGCUGAACUGCACGCGGCUGCGCACCCUGCCGGCCGCCGCCUUCCGCAACCUGAGCCGCCUGCGGGCGUUCGGGGCGACCCUGAGCCCGCGUCUGAGCGCGCUCCCCGAGGACGCCUUCCGGGGCCUGGGCGAGCUCCAGGUACUCGCCCUGCACUCCAACAGCCUGGCCGCGCUCCCCGGCGGCUUGCUGCGCGGCCUCGGCGGGCUGCGCCGCGUGUCGCUGAGCCACAACCGGCUGCGGGCCCUGCCCCGCGCGCUCUUCCGCAACCUCGGCAGCCUGGAGGGAGUCCGGCUCGAGCACAACCUGCUGGAGACCCUGCCCGGAGACGUGUUCGCGGAUCUGCCCCGGCUGGCGGAGGUCCUGCUGGGGCACAAUCCCUGGCGCUGCGACUGCGACCUGGGGCCGUUCCUGGCGUGGCUGCGGCGGCACCCGGGCCUCGUGGGCCGAGCCGAGCCCCCGCGGUGCCGCGGCCCCGGACCCCGCGCCGGCCUGCCGCUCUGGGCCCUGCCGGACGACCACCCCGAGUGCCGGGGCGCCCGCGGCCCGCCUCCCCGCUCCGCCGCAGCCCCCGCGGCCCCGGGCCACACGGCCUCGGUGCCCGACAGCUCGGAACCCCGGGCCCCGGCGCAGCUCGUGGCCGACGGCAGUCGCCAAGACCACAGCCUGUUCUGGGGUCUUUACUUCCUGCUUUUGGCUGCUCAGGCCGUAAUAACGGGGGUCAUCGUGUUUGCUAUGAUUAAACUCGGCGGGCUCUUUCGAAAAUUAAUCAGAGAGCGAGCGAGCGAGCGAGCGAGCGAGCUUUUGUUUGAGUCAAUGGGACAACCUCGCCGCUAAUUAAAACGUGGCCAGAGUACUGUCAGAGGUGGCUCGGGGGAGAAUCCGGACGGGCUGCUGCUGUCUUCCUCUCCCCUCUCCCUCCCUUCACACCUCCUCCCCUCCUCCCCUCCUCCCCUCCUCCCUUCCUUCUUCCCUCCCUUUCUCCUCAAUCCCACCUCCCCGUCUCCCUCCUCCGUCCCUCCCCUCAGCAGGCAUCCUUGUCUGCCUUACAGGAUGGAUUGUUCUCUUAAGCUACUUUUGAAAAGCAGAACUCUUGCAGUUCUUUCCUUUGUCCUGUCUUUUUCUCACGUUGUGUGUCUCAGACCCGUGCACUAUUUGGGGGAGCGCUGGGUUUCCUUCGUUCAGCGUUUAUUUUUGGAGGCCUCCUCUGUGAUAGGCGGGAGACAACACAAAGCCUUCCCACCAGGAGCUCGGCCCCCAGGGAGAGAAGCCACGAGGGUCAGUGGUGCGGGCUAAGUGAGGGGCAGCAGGAGAAACUGGAGGGGACUGGAGCAGAGGGACCCUCUGCAACCCUCUGCUUGCUCGAGGAGGAGCAGGUCCCCAGAGGUCUAAGUGCCCAGGGAGUAGGGGCCCUGGAUCCUCGGAGUCCCUGUCCGUGCCUGCCCGGCGACCACUGCUCUGCCCGCCUGUUUGCCUUCUCUGUUUCUCCUUGCUUCCUGCAUGGGUGAAGCGUGUCAUUGUGACACUGGGUUGGUUUCCAUUUCCUGGCACUAAAUGCUACCUCAUUUCACAAGCAUUUAUGGAACACCUAACAUGUGACAGCUGUUCAUGAAUUUUAAUGAUAAGCUUGGUUUCUAGUUUAUUAUGGUGGCAUCACGUUCUCAAUUAGUCUUCCAACUGAGGGCCAUAAAGCUCUUAUUGCUUUAAUUGGAUGUCUGUGCUCUUGAGAAGCAGUGGUUUAAACAUGGGCCGGACACUGGACAAUCGUGGUGUCAAAUCCCACCCCCACCAACUGCACAGGGCUUUGGGCAAGACACCUAAACUCCCUAAGCCUCCGGUGUCCUCCUGCCUGGCAAGGGAUAAAUAGUGCCUGCCUCACAGAGUUGUUGUGAGAGUUAAGGGCAAUAAAGCGUGUGCUGACUUCGCCCAGUGCCCUGCAUACAGUCAAUGCUCAAUAAAUGUUAGCUCUUAUUAUUAAAGAGCAAGCAAUUA